AUGAGCUGCUUGCCUGCUGGACCUGUAGGAAUAAGCUGGCGCAGCAGUCCACGGCGUUGAGUCAACGUUGCAUCUGCGAAGCUGAAGCUGAAGCUGAGGCAGCAGCACUGACUGGGUCCUACAUGUCGAGAGACAGAUGAGAUGACAUAGAGGAAGGGAAGCAGCUAACGUUACCUGGAGCAGAUUUUUCUAUUGUUUUUUUUCCUCUUUCAACCAGUUUGUUUUAUGAUCAGAUGCUCUCAGUGAGCUACCCUCACAUUAGAUGUCGAUCUAACUUGCUGCAAGCUAGCGUUUUUUUUUUUUUUUUUUUUUUUUUGUAGCUCGCUGCCGCUACCCUUCAGACAUUGAAGCGGCCACAUAAACAUGCGGAUCAUCGAGGCGGAGACCCCCGGGACAUCUCUAACGUCAAACGCUUUCUGCAGGACACGAGUUUCGACUGGCCGCUGACUUUGGACUCUGCAGAUUAUCUGUAGAGGGGGGAACAGAGCGACGGAUCUCAAGGACCAGAUUGCACCGCUGAACUUUUUGCCACUCAGACAGAUCGCCGGGGACCAUGCUGACCAUCUUAGCUGCUGGGUCUGUGUUCUUUCCAGGCCUUUUCUUGUUGUCCAAACAAUGCUUGAAGUCAAUCCCAGCGCUGAGAUGGAGCGAAGGAGAUGCAGUCAUCGUAUCUGCAAGGUUGGUGUCAUCAGUUCAGGCAGUCAUGGCUUCUUCAGCUGGCUACAUCAUUGCUUCUUCCUGCGAGGACAUCAUCGAGGACCAGCAUUGGCUCACCUGCACUUACAUCAUGUUUGCCGUUCCCUACUUCGUGUAUGACAUCUACGCGAUGUUCAUGUGCUACUGGUACAAGCUCCGGGUCAAAGGGCACGAGGAGGCCUCGGCAGCACCCCAGCACAUGAGCUCAGCGCUGAUCAGCUACUUGCGUCGCGAGUUCCUCAUGGUGCUGCACCAUGUUGUCAUGGUCACCGUCUGCUUCCCCGUCUCUGUGUUCUGGCGACAAGGAAAGGGAGAUUAUUUCCAGGGUGUAAUGUUCAUGGCCGAGCUCAGCACUCCGUCUGUCUGCUUAGGAAAAAUACUCAUCCAGUACAAACAGCAACACACUCUCCUGCACAAAGUGAAUGGGGCUCUUAUGCUGAUCACUUUUUUCAUCUGUCGAGUCCUCCUCUUCCCUUACCUCUACUACGUCUAUGGAAGGUACGCGUCCAUUCCCUUCCACAUGGUUCCCCUGAGGGUGCCCUGGCACUGUAACCUCGGCGCCGCUCUGCUCAUGGCCCCGCAGCUCUAUUGGUUCUCCCUAAUUUGCAGGGGCGCCCUGCGACUAUUCACGGGCACCUCGCGCUCUCAGAGACCACGUCCGAGCACAUCGGCAGCAGCAGCAGCAGCAGCAAAGGACCGUCAGACGGAUGGCAACACACUGCCCCAGCCUUCCAACGGCUACAGCGCUCGCUCCACAGAGCCCGAGCUGGCCACUCACUGAGACGAGUGGCUCGGGGUGGGUGGGUGGGGAGGGAAAAGGAAGGCGAAUGUACCAAUGAGUAUGUAAAUGACAGGAGAGCUUAUGAGGGGAAAGCGAGACUCGAAACAAGUAGCAAUAUGAAGAAAAAGCUACAGACGAUGGCCUCGGAUAGCGCUGAAGUGUUUUUGUCCAGCAGUCAAACCUCCAUUAACAGCUUAAUGUUUGGUUGCUGGCCUUCGUCUACUUCAGCUUCUGGGUUUGUAGGGAACGAAGAGUGUUAGUGCACUCAGUAUUUAAAGAUGUCAUCAGGCACUGUGACAGAUAGGAACAUGCACUGACCCGAGAGGAAUUUGCCUGGAUGUAUAGUGAGCAUAGGUGGCUAUUUCCCUCAUGUAGAACAAAUUCAGUCCUCUCUGCCUCACGGUAUAGGAAGAGCGGGAAAAUAGGAAUGUAUUAUAUUGUAUGUUAGUACAUUUGCUGUAGAUGGAAGGCCUGAAUCAGUUUAGUAAUGAAGAAGACCUUCACAAAAAGAAAAAAAUCCCGGCUAAGCAGUAUUUUGACUUGUUAGUGUUUAUUAUCUGUAUCCUCUAUGUAGUCACUGUCACUCUAACAAAAUGUAACCAACCUGCAGACUGACUCACCUUUUUAGAAGGGAGAUACUCUCAUAAGACUGUAUUCUGCUGCCUUAUCCCCCCCACCCCCCCUACCCACACUUCUUUGCAGUUUCUUUAUAUUUUUAAUUCAUUUUUAUCCUCAGAGGAGAAGGAACAGGCUCCCUCAGACUGAAAAAUGUGACGGGUGUACAUAGCCAAUGUAAAAUUGUCCUUUAUUCCCAUGUCAGUAUUAGGUCAACAUUGUUUUUUUUUUUUCUUCCUUUUUUGUCUCAUUUCUGUAUCAUUUUUAAACAAUGGCAUUUUCAGCAUUCAAACAACAACAUUUCACGGUUUCACAGCUUAGUGUAACGCAAACAACCCCCACAUCCCCCCAAACGUUAUGGCAGCGCUUCUUGUUUCAGUGUAGAUAUGACCUCAUUCCAUUUCCUGAUAUCACAGUGUUUUUAAAUAUUUUGCAUUCAAGGGAGUGAUGCACAGUAGCAGACACUUUUAAUGAACUUACAUGUUUUUUUGUUUUUUUGUUUUUUUUUUAAUUUCAGUGCUGAUGUGACUCUCAAAAUAUCCAUUUGAUUGGCUGGAAUAAGUGAUGGAUGAGAUUUCAGUAUUCCUAGCUUUGUUCGAGGACUUCUGAUGUUGCAGUUUGAAGGGAAACAAAAGUGACAAAUAAUCUUGUUAGGGGAGCAUUCCCUUGUGAUUGACAUGCAGCACAUUUGUCCAUGGCAACUUGUUUUGAUUUAUAUUUUUUUAACCAUUCUCAAGACUAUAAUUUGUCUAAACCUUUUUUAAAAUUGUAUGAUUUACUUUGAUACAUUGAGCCACCGGUUCCUUGAACCCUCUACGAACAAAAAAAACAUCUAGUUUUUAUUAUUUUAUCUCUGUUUCAAGCAGCUUCACUGUCCUGGAAACAGGUCUAAAAAAUAAAAAUAAAACAAAGCUCAGAAACCAUAAAGACAGGGCAGCGUGUGCCAAAACAUCUGGACAACUGUGGGCAUGUUGAACACAGAAUAUCCAUUCCCCUGUUCCAUAACUUCAUAAGGUACUGCUUCUUGACAAUACUAAACAUUUCAACUGAUGUACUGUAUAUUCCACAAAAUGCUCGUUAUUUAUUUGUAAGUAUUUAUUUAUUUAUUUAUUUGGUUUGUGGUUUUGAAUGCAUAUUUAUGCAUACAUAUUAUACUAUAUGCUUCUGAGCCUUAUGUGAAGGCUGUAUUGUUACUCAAACUUAGCUAAAAUAUACUUCUCUGUCCUGA